AACGUAUUUUAUUAUUCAUUGAACAAUACUCAUGGUGCAGAGACUAUUAUUUUUAGUUGUUCAUUAUUUGAAAACGUAUUUUUUAAAAUAAUUAUUGCGCCGGAAAUUUUUUGGUUAACGAACAUGGAUUCAUUUCUCCUGAAAUUAGAAGAUGCCAAAGCGUAAAAAUCUCGAUGAUACAAUUGAAUUAUCAGACUCUGAAGACGAAUGUCCUAAACCUGCGAAAAAAACAAAACGAGUUGUAAAAACCACUAAAAAAGUAUCAGAAAAACCAAAAAAAAUUGCUAAAGAACCAAAACAAGUUUCAAAAAAACGUAAAACUGAUGCUACUGAUACUAAAAUGGGUUGUCUGUCAUCAAAAAAAAGUAAAGAUGAUGAAUCAAGCAUAGAACCAUCACCAAAAGCUAAAAAAGCAAGAGUAUCUAAAAAGAAAGCAGUUGCAAGUCAAGUAGAAGCUGAUGUGUCAUCAAGUUCAUCAGUAAAUCCUAGUUACAGUUUCCAGUUUGACCAAAAUCACUUAAUCCAUGAAUGGAACAACGUCGACUACAUUCAGGAAUAUAAUGGAGUGACACGACCAGUUGCCGAGGCUGUUGUAAAACUUUUUGACAGCGACAACACGAUCCCUUUCAUUGCGAGGUACCGAAAAGAUCAGACACGCGGGCUGGAUGCUGAUAAACUGAGACUGAUCAAAGAAAGUUACGAUCGCGUGAAAGCGAUAAAGCACAAAGCGGACCUGGUGAUAAAAGCCAUCGACAAAUCGGGCAAAUGGACUCCGGAAAUCCAUAAUCAAGUGAAAUCAACCAGAACUCUCACCGAACUUGAGUACAUUCACUCGCUGUACAAGACCGGGUCCAAAAGGACACUCGCUGAAAGAGCCAGAGAGCUGGGUCUGGGUCCAACUGCUGAAGCUGUUUUGAAGGGCGACAAGAUUCCCCAUCUAAAAAGUUUGAUUAAGUCCAACGAAGAAGGUCUUGAGAGCGAGGAUCAGAUCAAAGAGGGCAUAAUUAACAUUCUUGCGGACGUUAUCACUAAAAAUAAAGAGACUUUUGAUAAAAUUAAAGAGUUGCGUGAAAAUGUAUCGGCAACCAUACAAACCAAGAAGACCAAGGAGACUAAGGAGACUUCUGCUGGUGAUUCUAAAGUUAAACUUGAAAAGAAACAUGUAGAGGAUAAGUACAAGAUGUACUACGACUGGAAAGGUGUUGAAAAAUAUAUAAAACCUCAUCAGACACUUGCUAUGAACCGGGCCGAGAAGGAGAAGGUUAUUGCGAUCCAAGUGAUAGUUCCGGAUCACUUUGAAAUCCAGUUAAAAAAAUUUAUCUUACAAUUGUACCAGUCUGGCGUUAACUCAUCGGGAUUUCACAAAGAACUGAUACAGAAAGCGUUCGAUACUGCGUACAAAAAGUACAUUAAGCCCUCGGUGAUAAGAAGAAUCAGAAGCGAGUUGAGUGAGAAGGCCGAAGAAGCUUCCAUGGAAGUCUUUGCUGUCAAUGUCAAGCAGUUGCUCCUGGUCCAGCCGGUGCGCGGAAAACGGAUACUGGGAAUAGACCCAGGAUUCAAACAUGGCUGUAAGCUUGCUGUCAUUUCCGCCCAAGGCGAUUUACUCACUACAGCGACUAUUUAUCCGCAUGCUAAUAACGACAGAUCGCGACGAGAUGCUGCUGAUACGCUUGUCAAGCUCGUACGCAAAUACGAUGUCUCUAUUUUGGCUCUGGGUAAUGCAACAGCUUGUCGCGAAACCGAAAGUUUUAUAUCUGACAUUAUAAAUUCAGAUUUGUUCGAUAAACAUAAAGUUAAUUAUGCGAUUGUUGAUGAAUCCGGGGCUUCAAUUUACAGUUGCAGCGAUGAAGCUAAAGUUGAAUUUCCUGAUUUAGACUGCAAUGUAAUAUCAGCUGUGUCAAUAGCCAGGCGUCUUCAAGAUCCACUUGCAGAGUUGGUUAAAGUUGAACCAAAAUCACUGGGAGUUGGAAUGUAUCAACAUGAUUUACCAGAGAAACAAUUAAUGUCGAAACUAAAUGAAGUUGUGAGCGAAGCCGUCAGUUUUGUUGGUGUCGAUAUAAAUACAGCGUCACUCUGCUUAUUGAAACGAGUUGCCGGAUUAUCGGAUGCCCGAGCUACAAGCAUAAUAAACUGGAGGAAGGAGAACGGACCAUUUAUCAAUCGGGAACAGUUGCGGAAAGUAAAAGGUAUUGGUGCUAAAACUUUUGAACAAUGCGCUGGAUUUAUACGAAUAAUACCCGAGACUGCGUUAUCUCAAUCAUCUGGAUCUAGUUCUACGGAUAGAACAAAAGAUAAAAUUAAAUUUAAUUAUCUGGACCAAACGUGGAUUCAUCCCGAGUCAUACAGCAUCGCCGAGGCUUUUAUCAAAGCUUCCGGUGCACGUCCUGAGGACUUGGGGUCACGUAGUUUUAUUUCCACUAUCAAUCUCUUUGUCGGUGGUAAGAAAUUCGCGCAAUUGGCGGCACAGCUGGGUGCCAAUGAGACGACGCUGGAGGUGAUUGUCAAGGGACUCAGGAUGGAAAAGGGCGAGGACAUCAGGCGACAGGGUAGCGCUCCGUUGUUCAGGAAAAGCUUGAGGACUAUCGAUGACUUGGAAGUAGGUUCUGUUUUGAGUGGAGAAAUCAGGAAUGUCACGCACUUUGGUGCCUUCGUUGACAUCGGCGUCGGGACUGACGCACUGAUCCACGUCAGUGGGUUCAACGGAUUCUGCCUGUCGAUUGGACAACGCGUUGAGGUCAAAGUCACCAACAUUGAAAAGGCCCGGAGUCGCAUCGGCUUAAGUUUAAAUAAAUGUCUGUAGUUUUUAUUUUAUGUCUGUUUUAUUUAUUUUUUUGUUACUUAGUAAGACAAUAAGUAAUUGGUGAUCUAAUUAGUUAUUAAUAAUUAAUAAAUUGUUUUUUAAAAAAAAAAUACCCGAUGCU